AUGGUAAUUGAUACAGAGAAUUUUUAUGGUAAAAGAAAAAACGAGAAAAAUUCUUUUGAUGGGAAUAUCGAAAAAUAUAAUAUAUUAAAAAGAAUGAAAAGUUUAGGAGAACAAAAUAAAAAUAUAAAAAAAAAAAUAUUUUAUAAACAGCAUGAAGCAUUAUUAUGUUAUAAUGAAUUUUUAAAAAGUAAUAUAUUAAAUAGUAAUAAAAAUAUAAUAUUAUACACUGAAGAAUUAGAUAAUUCUAAGAGAUGCUUUAUUGUAGACAAUUUUUCUAGUUUUUUAAAAUAUUAUUGCUUUUAUUCAUUAUCAUUAAGUGAAAUUUAUUUUGAUGAAAAUGUGGAAACAAAUAAUGUAAUAAACAAAAAUAAAAAUAAUAUAAAUGAAAAUAAAAAUGAACAAGAAAUGAAUUUAUAUGAACUCAUUAUAACUAAUGAAAAAAGGUGGUUAUUUUUCGAUAUAGAAUAUGAUAUUAUAAAUAAUUAUGAAAAUAAAAAAUCUAUUUUAUUUAUAUUUCUUAUUGAGUUCUGUUUAUUCAUGUAUAAAAAUUUCAACAUUGAAAUUUGCUUAAAUGAUUUUUUAAUAUUAGAUAGUUCAUCAAGUGAUAAAAUAUCUUUUCAUAUUAUUGUUAAAAAUAUUCACACACUUGAUCACAAUUAUUAUGAAUAUUUAAUAGAUUAUUGUUAUUUCUUUUUAAAUCAAACAAAUUUAUCAAAAAAUACUUUUUAUGAUAAAUAUAAAGAAAAACAAAGAAAAUCCAAUUUAAAAGAUGAACGAAAUUAUUUGCUUUUUGAUAAUGAAGAAUCUAUAAAAUAUUUUGUCGAUUUAUUUAUAGCACAUAUAAAUGAAAAAAUUGAUCAAACUGAGAAUAUUUUUAUUAUUAAUUCUUCUACUAUUUAUCUAGAGCAUCAAGAAAAUAAUUUUUUUAACAACUUUCAAAACAAAUUGAUAUAUGAUAAAUGCUUAAGAGAUGAUAAGAAUGUGAAAAAUGAUAAAAAUUUAUAUGAUCACAAAAAUAUAAAAAACGAUAAUGAAAAUAUAAAAAAUGACAAAAAUUUAUAUACUCAUAGAAAUACAAGCGACGAUAAAGACCUAAAUAAUGAUAAAAACAUAAAAGACAAUAAUAUUAUGAAUACUGAAAAAAAUAUAAAAGAUGAUAAAUAUUUGAAUAAUGAUAAAGAUAUAAACGAUAAUAACAUUUAUUGUUACAAUAAUAAUCAUAAAUUUAAGUGUGAUAUAAAUUAUAAUAAAGAAAAUGAAAAUACAAUUGAAAAAAAAACAAAAAAAAAAGAAAGUCAAUACUUUUAUUUGUAUCAAAAAGAAUUAAAAGAUAUAAUAGAACACUAUAUAAAUAUAUUAAAAAAUAAAGAUUUUGAAAAUGAAGAAAAAUAUAAUUACAUAAUUUUGCUUUAUGCAAGAAAAAAAAAUGUUAAUUUAAAUGAACAUAUAGAGGAUUAUAAAUAUAAUUUUAAUUGUUACAAUGUAAUGAACGAAAAUAAUUUUGUUGAUAGAAAUUUUAAAAGUUUUAAUUAUUUAAAAAAUAACGAAGACAAUGAUAUAGAGAAAAUCAAAAAUGCUGAAAAGUUCAUCCCAAAUGAUCAUAAUUUGUAUGAAAAAAACAAAAAAGAUAUUCUUUUAAAGUGUAUUAUUGAUAAUUCUGUUUAUAGUAAGAACAGAAAUUUUCGAAUGAUUUUUUCAAGUAAAAAAAAUAAAAAAAAUAAAUUAUUAUUAAGUAACUUGAAUGUUAAAAAAUAUAACAGAAAUAAUAUAUACAAUGUAAUAUUAAAAAGUUUAGUAACCUUUCAUUUUUCUAACGAUGCAAAUUAUCAGAUAAAUGAAGAAAAAAUUUUUAAAAAUGAAAAAAUAAAUGAUAAAAGUGAAAAAAAUUGUGUAAGUGAAUAUAUUUACACAUAUAAACAUUUAAAAAGCAAACAAUUCAAUUCUUAUAAAAAUAUUAGUUUAGACAAAAUAUGUUACAAUCAUAUAAAUAAUAUUUUAAAAAUAAUUUUCUUUUGGAAUUUUGAAUUAUAUAAAAACUUUCGAAAAAAUAAAAUUUAUAUCAAUAAUUUUCAAAAUGAAAUAAAAAAGGAAUAUUUUUAUAGAAUUAUUUUAAUUUAUAAUAAUAUGAAAUUUGAAAAUUUUAAAGAAUAUGCAAAUAACAAUAACAACCAUUUAAAUACAGAAUUAGAAUUAAAAGACAACAAAAAAAAUACCAUUAGUAUUAAUAAUGAAGAAAAAAGUAGCCUAACAAACACAAGAAAAGAUACAAUAUGCAAAAGUAAUUCAGUGAAUAUAAAUUCUUUAGAUAAUUAUGACACAUUAUUUUUAAAAAAUGAUAUGUUUCAUUUACAUGUGUUAAGUGAAUAUAAAAAAGCCUUUAAUAAUAAAAAUGAUGAUAUACUUUUUUUAAUAAAAUAUUUUUUAUAUUCUAUCUCAUAUUAUGAAGAGGAAUAUGUUUUAAAUUUCAGAGAUAAUAAGUAUUGCAAAAAUAAAAAGUUUUCACACAAAUCUAAUCAUAUUUAUAUAAUUUAUAAUUAUAAUAGAAAUUUGUUUGUUCAAAAAUGUUAUGAUAAUGAUUGCUCACAUUUUGUUUCAGAAAUUAAUUAUUUAUAA